GUCCAUGACGCACGCAUUACUGACGCGAGAAAGUUUUUACGAAUUUGGCGGUAAUUCAAAUUUAAAACUCAAUCAUACAUUUUGGAACACUACGUCUGAGUAGUGAUCUUAUUGGGUUAUAAAGUGAAAUUGAAAGUCUAGCUGUGUCCCUUUUGCACUUAGGUGAUAAGUGUAGUGACAGACGUGUGUGUAAGGUGCGAGAUACUUUCGCCGCUUAGUUCACAAUACAGGAUGACGCGUUAUAUCAAGGUAUGGCUCUAUGUGGCGUGCUUCACUACGUCUCUAGCGGCGCCGGCGCAAAACCAGCCUAUGCUAGCACUUGAUAUCAUCGACAUGGCAGCCAUAAGUCGAAUGUCGCCACAGCAGUUAGAAACACUCGCUGAGGGCUUGGCUGCUGAAGAGAUCAUGAGAACGAAACGAUCAUCAGCUCAAGCUAUUUCAUCUGUAGUGUCAAAAGCAUCAACAGGGCUACAGAGUAAAGUGGGAUUCUUAGGCCAAGCUUCAGCCGGGGCGGUCUCGUUCCUCGCGUCAGCUUCAAGCAAAAGUGGACAUGGUGAUGAUCAUCAUGGAUAUUCCUAUGAACCGCAUAGCGAGAAAGUCGACUACUGGGGUCUUAAAAAGUCUAUCCUCUACACACUGUUCCAAGCAGUGAAGGCUAUUACUGGAGGAGUCACCAUUCUCAAAGGCCAGCUCAUCAAGGGCGGUGGGCACCUGGCCACCACUCUAGGCAAGGUGAUUGCAGUUAAGGGAGACGCUGUCAGCAACUUUGGCAAGAAGAUUGUCAGCUCAGCUGCGUUGAGCCAUAAGAAACCUCACGCUACUGUAGUGUACGGGCCGCCGCCAGUUGCCCACGUGGAGUACCCGCCCUCAUCGUAUGGUGCACCAACAGCAUCCGCGCAUUAUACCGCACCAUCUGCACCGUCCGGUUACGCGGCGCAUAAAUACCCUGCACAUGUAGACGGACGAAAUAAACUGAGCGGAGUACAAGCAGGCCUCGUGAUACUGACUCCACUGAGCGAUGUAGCACCGGGUGAGACGCUGCAUACCGCGCAUUCAGGACAUGCGACCGCAGGCUCUACUCCGUCAAUACUGAACAAUGUCUUCAGUGCAAUUAAAAAUGUAUUCUCUGCGGCACCAACGGCACACGCAGAAGAUGCUACUCUAACCCACCAUCCGCCUCCACCACCUCUUCAAUCUUUCCCUACGUUCCAACCAAUGUCAUGGGGUGCUGUUGAUUCGUAUGGCUUGCCAGCCGCUACUGAUACGUACAAUAACUAUGAUCCACAUAAUCCUCAUCCGCCUUUUGACUACGUUUCAUCCAAAAAAUCUGUUUACCCCACAAAGCACAUUACUAUCUCAAAUUCACAAGGGCUAACUUCCGAUAAGCUUCACAAAAUCAAUCACAAUCUUGAGAAACUAAAUGCAUAUCUCCAUGAUACCCACAGAUCUUCAGAAGUUCUUCCAAAUUUCAAUGGCUUGGAGGCAUAUAAGGAUUUACUUAAAGGCAAAUUUCAAUUACCCACUCCUGUAGUAACUGACAAUGACAUUGGAGUCCUUCCUGCGGACCUCUUUCCUGACCCAACCACCACAAUGACAGCAACGACAACGACUACAGCAAAACCGACGUCGGAAUCGGCAACGGUGGGGGAAGAAAACAAAAGGGAAAGAAAAGAUUUGAAAUACUACCUACGAGGGAACAAGAUCAUAGUGCACGGUUGAACUGACUGACGGUUGACUGACAGAAGAAGUCCCGAUACAAGCUGCUGUGCUGGGCGCGGAGGAAUUGCAACACUACCACGCAUAGUUUAAGACUAGAAAUCCAACAACGGUGAUAAUUUUACCAAUAAUUUUAGUUGCAGCUCUUAAGCGAAUUGACGAAUAUAAACAAAAAUGAUAUCAAAUGACAACUUUAUAAAUAGCUUGAUGGUGAUAUUGUCUAAUAUUUAUUAAAAUGAAACUUUUACUCGAGUGACGUAGUAACGAGUACAGCCUUUUGUUAUUUUUCUAUCUAUAUUACCAAAUAUCUCAGCUGCAUGCCUUAACUUGUACAGUCAUGUUCAAUAAUACGUAAAAAUAUAUAUGGAAGUCAAUAUUCAUACGAAAAAAAUGUUGAAAUUAUAAAACAAAAAUUUGCUAAAAUAGUAAUCAUAAAGCAAUAUACUGUGACGGUGAUUAAUCGAUUGUAAUUUAGACAACUGUACUUACUUACACUAUCCCAUAAUCUUUAGGUACAAUGUAUUAGGUACUUAUUUAGUUUUCACAAAUUUCAAAACGGGAACAAAUACAAUCAGGUUAUAUAAGAGUAAGGGUCGAAUUAUUAUAGAGUAGAAAGAUUAGAAAUUUAAAAAAAAACAAGACGCAAUGACUACCUAAUGCCUAGUUUUAAAUAGUUUCACUGUAAUGGAACAGAGUUGGAUCUAAUAUUAAAAUUGCUAAAUUCGAAAUGAUUUUUUACUAAAUUAGGUAUUGUUCUAUUAUUAAAACAUAUAGGUCA